UUGAAAUAAAUAUACGUUUCUGCGAGUUUGUAUAAUUUUCCAAUACGAACUAUUCGAUACGACACACGAGUUAUUUGUUUUGAUCCGAUAGCCAUAAAUAUUGCAUUAGUUGGAUUGUGAAUUAUUUAUUUAAACACCGUUAUUGAUAACUUUUAUGUUAAAAAUAUAGUAAAAUGCCUUUGAAUACAAGGUUGUUGUUGCCUGUUGCGUUAGGGCUGUCUAUAGUUACAGUGACAGCUUUUGUGGCUUACUAUAUUUUUAAAAAGGAUGAGGAAGAAAUAAACGAAAAGACUAUAAAAGCACCAAAAUUGAACACAAUCGAAGUAUCUGUACCAAAAAGUAUUGUUCCUGCAUUAAUUGGUCGAAAUGGCUCCCAUAUAAAAGAAAUAGAAUGUAAAUCAGGUGCAAAAAUUCAUUUCAAGAAGUUCAGCGACAAGGAGUAUGAUGUGUGCAUCAUCAGAGGUCGGAUUGAAGGCACACAGAUUGCGGAGGCGAUUAUACAAGAGUUCAUAAAGCAACAGCCAGUUAUUGAGACGGACACUAUGUUGGUACCGGGAUGGGCUUGCGGUAGGAUAAUAGGCACAGGAGGUGAGAACAUAAACAACAUAAGCCAUAGAAGUGGCGCUCGAGUGAGGAUAGAAGGCUCCCCAUCUGCGGAGAGUAGCACCCAGCGGCAGAUCUCUUUCAGGGGCACCAAAGAGCAGAUCCGAGUUGCUAUGGACCUGAUUGAGAAUUCUGUUGCGCAAGAAAAAUGCCGUCGCGAAAUAGAACAAUCAAAGAGGACACCUCGGGUGACAAUUCCUCCGGCAGCUCCUCAGCCUCAGGAGUCCCCAGGUAGACCGGCCCUCAGACAUGCCAAGUGUAAGCCUGACGAUGUAAGAAAUUAUUUCACCCCAGAUUCAAAUGAUUUGGAAAAUCAAGAUUUAUAUGGCAACAAUGAGUUUCCAGAGGACAUCAGUUUAUUUGAAGAGGCGACCAGUUCGUCUAUCGAAGUGUACGUGUCGGCGGUUUCUUCGCCGUCGAGGUUCUGGGUGCAGUUCGUGGGGCCGCAGGUGGCUCAGCUGGACAACCUUGUCGCUCACAUGACUGAAUAUUACUCUAAUAAGGAGAAUAGAGCCUCGCAUGCACUGCAGACGGUAAGCGUGGGCCAGGUGGUGGCGGCAGUGUUCCGACACGACGGCCGCUGGUACCGCGCGCGGGUACAUGACAUACGACCCAACGAGUUCGACGCCACGCAUCAGGUUGCUGAUGUAUUUUUCUUGGACUACGGUGACAGCGAGUACGUAGCCACGCAUGAGCUCUGCGAACUGCGCGCUGAUCUACUGCGCCUCAGGUUUCAGGCAAUGGAGUGUUUCUUGGCGGGCGUGAAGCCGGCGGGCGACGCGGAGCGCUGGCACUCGCAAGCUAUCGAACGAUUCGAAGAAUUAACACAAGUGGCGCGUUGGAAGCCAUUACUGUCCAAAACGUGUACUUACAAGAAGUCAGUCGCAAUGAAUGGAGAGAAAGACAAGGAAAUACCCGGAAUCAAACUAUUUGAUGUCACUGAAGAGGGUUCAGUGGAGGUGGGGGAGGCGCUGGUGGCGGAGGGGUGGGCGGAGCGCAGCAGCUCGCCGCGCCCCUCGCCGCCGCGCGCCGCCCCCAACACGCCCUUCGGAGACCUCGGCAACUCCAGGGUGCUGGGUAUGUUACCGAGCAGCCGCUCGUCCUCCUUGCCCAAAGACCACAAGGAUGACCGUAGCGAGGAAACCACAACGGAACUAGGCAAAGAUCUGACACCGUUAUCGCCGUCAAAAUCUCUAUCAGCAGGUUUAGAGGCGUCUGAUAAAUUAAAAUCCGUAUCCAAUUUCGACCUAUCGUACUCAGAAUUCGGUAAACCAGCACAAAAUGGUUCAAAUGAAGAUUUUAUUAAUAAAGAAAGAAGUAAUAUUGAAAUAGAAUCGGUUCCCAGCACACCGUCUUUGAAAACGAGAGACGAAUUCAAAGCAAACAUGAACAGAAUCGAUUCUCAUCAUAAUUUAGACGAUUUAAGUCGAACACAGCAUUAGUUGUAUAUUGUAUAUAUGCAAAAACUACAUUAUUACUGUUAUUUUGUAUAUUGAAGGCUUUGGAAUGUUUAAAAGUGUACACGGUUGUUAAUUACCAAUGAAGGAAAAAAAAAAAACUCGUAGUAUUUUGUUUGUAAAAUGUAUUAUGACCAUGAUUUUGCAGGAUUUUUCUAAAAUUCAGAUUUAUUAGUAACUGUCAUUGGUAAAAAAAUGUAGCUAACUUACAGUAACAAAAGUCAGUUAAAUAUAGGCAGCGGGCUAUCAUAUAAUUUAGUUAAAUUGUAAUUUUUUGUCUAUUAUAUUGGGCAAUGUUCCACAUGUUAAAUGUUCAAGCCUUCAAUCUUUAUGUUGUAUUAGUUUUAAUUAUUUAGUAAAUAAAUGACAUUGUUGAUUUGAUACCGUACAUGUAAAAAUGCAUCUCAAAUAUUCGCAGAUACCAACAAUUUUUUGAUCUGAAUAAAGUUUUUUUUACAAGAGACUAUUUCAUGGCAACACCGCCUUCAUCAUAUGUCAUAUUUUUUAGUCUGUGAUUGUAAAUAACUGCUGUUAUUUUUUUUAUAAGUAGAUAAGCUUUAACAUUAUCGCUUUGUAGAUUUUGUAAAACUGUAGAAAAUAAGUCGAAAGUGGAGUUAACUAUACAGAAAAUGGCAAGCGAUUAUUUACUCGCGAGACACUAAUGUUUCCCUGAGUGUUUACUGAGGAAGAUAAUGAUUGUGAGUACAGCAGUUGUAAAGUUAACAAUUUGGUUACUUUAAAAUAGUAAAAAUUCCCGCCAUUUUUUAUGUAAUUUUGAAGUCAACGUCCACUGCAUAAAUGGUGCUAAAUCAGUUUUUUUUUGUAUUUUUUAAUAAAAAGUUACUUAAUAGUUUUAAUUUUCUUUGGUAUACGCAUAAAUGAAAAACAGUGCCAUAAAGUACAAAUAUUUAUUCUGCUGUGAAUGGUAUAUUUAUAAUAUUUGUAGACAGAGCAGG